CGUGGCCCAACCGUGGUGGGUGCGCACACAGGAGUUACGUGCCUCGCGUGGGGCGUGACCUCUGGUUUUGAUUGACAGGCGAACUCGUGCUAAACUCGUACAUCGCGAAACCCCCUCCGAGUUCAACUCGGGAACAUGGCGGCGGCAGCAGCAGCCUGUGUCGUUGCAUCCAGCGGCAGCAAGCGUCAGUAUGACCGUCUGGACCCGUUCACGUACAUGACCGACGUGGAGUUUCAGCGUCAUUUUCGCCUGUCGAAGACAUCCGUGCGCUGGCUGUGCGACGAGCUAGGCGAAGACUCUCGUCUACGGAGACAGCGUGGCGGGCUUCAUUCGCUCACUGUCGAAGAGCAAGUCCUCUGCGCCCUCCGUUUCUACGGCACUGGGAGUUUUCAGGGAAGCGUCGGCACCGAGCGUUACAUUGGACGGCAUCAAAGUACUGUGAGCCGCUGUGUCAGAGAUGUGUCUGACGCACUUAUCGAUGCGGCAGUGCGUAAGCGGUGGCUGGCUUUCCCGAAGACGGCGGCAGAGCGGGAAUAUAUAAAGGAGCGCUUCCUACAUCGCGGGAACAUUACGAACGUCGUCGGGUGUGUCGACGGAACGUACGUAGGAAUUAAGGCGCCUUCAAGGUCAAACCCAGACAGGGUCAAGGCCAACUACUUCACAAGGAAAGCACACUAUGCCUUGAACGCAAUGGUGGUGUGCGAUGCUGACCUGCGCAUCUUGGAUAUUGAUGCCCGGUUUCCUGGGUCCUGCCAUGAUGCCCAUGUUUGGGGGAAAUCGGCCUUUAGGCGACAUUUCCAGCUGGAGCUCCUUAUUGAGGAUGGCGACUGCUUGCUUGGCAAGUAUUUUUUUCCUAAGUGGCUGGAUCCGCUGUUAAGAACACACGGGGGGUUGCAAAGAACACUGCAGUGCUGUGCAUAAUGACAUUCCUAAAUAUGCAGUUGGUGCAAGAGCAGUGUACUUGACUGAUUGCGAUAA